AUGAGCGAGAAUACUGAAUCCCAGUUGACUGCCAAGGAGCUCGAGAUCGCCCGCAAGUACGACUUGACCGGGAAGAUCAGCCAGUUCUUGGAUCGUCAUUUGAUUUACCCAUUGCUUGAAUCCCUUGAUUUGUUGUACAAUGAUCAAAUAGUUACCAGACUUGUCUAUGAUUUAUUGAAGGACACCAACAUGACAACUUUUGUCAAGCAACAGUUCGAGAUUUUGAACCCAGGUAAACCUUUCCCAGAAGAGCUUUUGGCCAAAGAAACGUUUGUCGAAAGUGAAUUGGAAAAAUUGGACAAAGAAACCAAAGAAACAUUGAAUAUUUUGUCUGAUAAAUCAGUGCAAGACCAUUUGAAACAAGAUAAAGAAUACAACACCCAAUAUUUGGAAAAAGAACACGGGAUCACCCAAGCCAAGAUCAAGGCUUUGUACGAUUUUGCCCAAUUCCAAUAUAACCGUGGUGAUUACGUUAUGGCCUCUGAUUUGUUGAACAACUUCAGAGUGUUGUCGACCAAUGUCGAUGCUAUUGUCAGCGCCACUUGGGGUAGAUUGGCCUCAGAAAUCAUCAGUUUACAAUGGGACACCGCUUUACAAGAGUUGAGCAAGUUGCGUGAAGUGGUUGAUUCAAGAUCUUUCAAUGACCCUCUCAUGCAACUCCACAAUAGAACCUGGAUUAUCCACUGGUCUCUUUUCCCAUUCUUCAACACUGAAAACGGUUUAGAUCAAUUAUGUGACUUGUUUUUCAGCUCAUCGUACUUAUCUACCAUCCAGGCCUCAUGCCCUUGGAUUUCCCGUUACUUGGUUGCCGCGGUGGUUUGUCUUUAUUCAUCAUCUAGAAAAUCACAAUCCAGCUCUCCAGCUUUCCAAAAGAGAUUGAAGGACUUGAUCCGUGUGGUUGGUCAAGAACAAUACGAAUACAAUGAUCCUCUCACCGAAUUCAUCAAGGCCCUUUAUAUCGAGUAUGACUUUGAAUUGGCUCGUGACAAAUUAAGUGAAGCUACUGCGGUGAUCAAGACCGACUUCUUCCUUGCUAGUGGUGCCACCAACUUUGCUGAAAAUGCCAGAUACUUGAUUUCUGAAGUGUACUGCCGUGUGCAUCAAAGAAUUGAAUUGUCUCAAUUAUCAAACUACUUGGACUUGUCUACCGAAGAUGGAGAAAAAUGGAUUGCCAAAUUGAUCAGAGAUUCUAAAAUGAACGCCAAGAUUGAUGAAAGUGAGGGUACAAUCAUCAUGAACCACCCAAUUACCAGUGUUUACCAAGAAGUUAUCGAGAAGACAAAAGGAUUGUCAUUCAGAUCCAGUCAAGUUUUAGCCUCAGUGGUUCAAAAACAAGAGAAUACCGUGCAAUGA